UCUCAGAGUCCUUGGGGCUCAGGUUUGUGGCCAAAUAGACCAGAGGCCAACCAUGUGGACCAGUUGGCCCUUUCUCUCCCUGGGGUCCCACCAAGAAGCCUGGGGCCCCACCAAGAAGCCGGGGGCUUUCCGAAAGGAGUUUCCUCACCCCUUGCUGACCCUUCACACUGUCUUCAGCAUCUUGGCAGUAUCCCCCACUGCAUGCCCUCAGCUUUGCCGUCUUCUGUCCCCCAGCCCUGGCUGAGACCUGUCUCCUCCUUUUACUGCAGCUUCAUGGCGGCCGAGGAGAUGCACUGGCCGGCCCCCAUGAAGGCCAUUGGUGCCCAGAACUUGCUGACCAUGCCCGGGGGCGUGGCCAAGGCUGGCUACCUGCACAAGAAGGGUGGCACCCAGCUGCAGUUGCUGAGAUGGCCCCUGCGCUUUGUCAUCAUCCAUAAGCGAUGCGUCUACUACUUCAAGAGCAGCACGUCCGCCUCCCCGCAGGGUGCCUUCUCGCUGAACGGCUAUAACCGGGUGAUGCGGGCGGCUGAGGAGACGACGUCCAACAAUGUCUUCCCCUUCAAGAUUGUCCACAUCAGCAAGAAGCACCGCACCUGGUUCUUCUCCGCCUCCUCUGAGGAUGAGCGCAAGGGCUGGAUGGCCUUGCUGCGCAGGGAGAUCGGCCACUUCCACGAGAAGAAGGACUUGCCCACAGACGCCAGUGACUCCAGCUCAGACACAGACAGCUUCUACGGUGCAGUCGAGCGGCCUGUGGACAUCAGCCUCUCUCCAUACCCCACAGACAAUGAAGACUAUGAGGACGAGGACGACUCAUACAUGGAGCCCGACUCCCCUGAGCCCGUGGAGCCCGAAGACACUCUGACCCACCCGCCGGCCUACCCCCCGCCUCCUGUGCCCACGCCCAGGAAGCCAGUCUUCUCCGACAUGCCCCGUGCUCACUCCUUUGCCUCCAAGGGCCCGAGCCCUCUGCUGCCACCCCCGCCCCCGAAGCGUGGCCUCCCCGAUGCAAGCCUGGCUCCCGAGGACUCCAAGAGGGACGUGCUGGGCCCAAGGCGGCCCGAGCCUGGCCUCAGAGUGCCCACGGCCUCCCGGAGGAUGAGCGACCCCCCACUGGGCAACCUGCCAACCAUGCCCAACCUCCGGAAACCCCCUUGCUUCCGGGAGAGCCCCAGCCCCAGCCCAGAGCCCCAGGUCCCUGGCCAUGGGGCUGGCUCUGCCUCCAGCUCUGCUGGCGUGGCCACUGCCACCUCCAGGAACUGUGACAAGCUCAAGUCCUUCCAUCUGUCCCCUCGGGGGCCACCCACACCCGAGCCCCCGCCGGUGCCGGCCAACAAGCCCAAGUUCUUGAAGAUGACUGAAGAGGCCCCCCCAAGGGAGGCAGCCAGGCCCGGACUCUUUGUACCCCCUGUGGCCCCCAGGCCUCCUGUACUGAAGCUGCCCAUGCCCGAGGCCACAGUCCGGCCCCCCGUCCUGCCCAGGCCAGAGAAGCCACCCCUCCCCCACCUCCAGCGGUCACCCCCUGAUGGGCAGAGUUUCCGGAGCUUCUCCUUUGAGAAGCCCCGACGACUCUCGAAGCCUGAGGACACGAGUGCAGAGGGUUCUGACGAUGACUAUGAGAAGGUGCCCCUGCCCAGCUCUGUCUUUAUCAAUACCACGGAAUCCUACGAAGUGGAAAGGCUGUUCAAAGCCACAAGCCCCCAGGGAGAGCCCCAGGAUGGACUCUACUGCAUCCGGGAUUCCUCCACCAAGUCAGGGAAGGUUCUGGUCGUGUGGGAUGAAAGCUCCAACAAAGUGAGGAACUACCGCAUCUUUGAGAAGGACUCUAAGUUUUAUCUGGAGGGCGAGGUGCUGUUUGUGAGUGUGGGCAGCCUGGUGGAGCAUUACCACACCCACGUGCUGCCCAGCCACCAGAGCCUGCGACUGCAGCGCCCCUACGGCUACACAAGGCCCAGGUGACGCCCGUCAUACAUGCUUCUGGGCAGAGACAACCACUGGGGCUGUGACCCCGGGCCAUGCAGACGGGACGGGCUCGCAUGAGAGCAUGAUCUGGAGUGAGCGCCGUGCUCUGAUCCAGGGCCUUGUAGAAUCUGCAAGGCCAGGCCCCACCCAGCAGGCUGGGUCCCUGGGGCUAGGCCAAGCUCUGGUCUCCAGAGGAUCGGGGGGCUCUCCUGUCCCACGCAGACCACCCUGUCCAACCUUCCAGGAGUCCAGGGUCCCAGGACCGAGCCCUGCUUGGGCUCUGUGGACAAGAAUUCUGGUCACCUCCACCCCUCCCCACUCGCCCAGCACACUAACCCGGCACUGGGUUGGGAGCUGGGCAGGGCUGGGGCAUUUGGGGUUAGGGCAGGGGCUGGCCCCCCAGGACCGACACCCCCAGGAACGCUAAGACACAGGCUCCAGGAUGGGCCAUUGAUGUACAAUAAAGCACAGAUGACCUUUCUGUCCGUGGCUGGGGUUUCAUUGGGAGAGAGGGAUGACCAGCCUUACCAAGUACCCACACCCACAUCCAAGCGGCUGGCUGCAGCAGCCCAGCUUACAGGAAGCCUAAGAAGUUCUUGUCUUCCGGGGCAAAGGUCCCUAAAUGACUUGCUCAGGGUGCAUAGCUGGUAACAACAGGAUUUGACCUUGGGCACUCUGGACUCAGAGCCUGUACUCUGAAGUGCCACAGGUCAGAGGCAAGGCAAUGGGACUACAGAGCUAAAAGGUCCCCGUCUGUACAGUUGGGUCAUUUGCCAGAUUAACAGAUGGUUACUGGGAGACAGCUGAGCACACACUGGCCACAGCAUUGGGGUGUGCCUGGGUGGGGAGCUAGAACCCCACUGAGGUCUCCAGGAAGACUUCUUGGAGGAAGUGAUGGCUACAGAGGGGUGGGAAGAGUGGGUCCUGUGUAGGCUGAGUGGGUGGGGAGGGUGGUCCCCAGAUGCUGAGUCCCCUGGGCAACACCCCAUUCAAGUCCAGCCCUCACCGCCCCCUCCUUUCCUACUACAGAAUUCAGCAGGUGCUCUCCCUGGCAACGGCCAUCCAGGCUGGAUUUUUGUGUGUGUGUCAACAGACUCCAUUUAGGGUCUGGGCUGGCAGGGAGGGACCCCAGGGUCAUCAGAUCCUCUCUGUACCUUAUGUGGGGAAAGAAGUUUGCUGUGUGAGAUCCAAACCCAGGAUAGCACUUGUGCCCACCAGCCGAGGAUUAAUCAUCUUUGUUUAGAUUGACCUCCAUGUGCCCCUGGGCAUGUUUUGGGGGUGGGGUGGCUUGCUGGAGGAGGGGGAGGGAUGAGGCCUCUGUGGAUGUGAGAGGCUGCGGCCCCAGGGUACUGAGAGGUCCCUUCUAGGAACCAAGUGUCCAGCACCGUCUGUGUAGAUGUUUCCUCUAAAGCCUGCCAGGGGAGGGGUCAGCACAGGCACGGUCCAGUAUGGCGCACGGGGCGCUUUUGAUGCCCUACCCCAGCCCUGGGAACGAGCAGCCCCUCCUCCCUGCAGCUACAGUUCUUGCCCCUCUCAGCCCUUGUGUGGGGAGCCCAUUGAGGCACUCCACCCCACUGUGGCUGCGGCUUUCCUUCCUGUAAAAACUGUUCAGCGGGGGGCUUGGACCAGAAGAAUGGUUUCCAGUCCGUGCCUGGGAGUCUGCUUGCUGGUGAUGUGCUGCUGGAUGUGGGAUGCCUUAGCACUUCUGGCUAACAUGGGACUAAAAUGUGUUCGAAGACCCCUGAGCUGGAAAGUCUGGAGGUUCUGGGGCCCAGAGCCAGGUGAUAGGUCCUCUGCCUACUUGGAUGGAUGAGGUCUUGUUGCCCAAGACCCACCCCAGGGCCUGGACUGGCUUUACCUCUCCUUCUGGGCCCUAUGCCUGCGCAGGACAGGCUCCUGCCUCCCUGAACUGCCCCAGGGGCCCUGGCCUCAGUGGUAAGAGUGUGUGUUUUGGGUGGCCGAUGGGGUCGCAGGCAUGGUCUCCAGCAUAAAGGAGGAGCCAGAGGGAUCCACUCCCUCCUGAGACCUGCCGUGAAUGUUCUAUUCCUCCUAUAGUGUUGGAAGGUGGUUACCACUCACCAAGUACUUCCUGGGUUCCAGGCACUGAGCCCCAUGGAUACUUGACAUAGUUUGGAUGGAGAAGAAGCUGCUAUGUUCCCAUUUGAUAGGUGAGAAAACGGAGGGUCAGAGAAGCCUAGAUUCAAGUCCCAGCUCUGCCACUUGUUACCAUGUGACCUAUCCUUUGCUGCUCUGAGCCCAGCCCCCAGCCCCCAGCCCCUGGCUACCUCCCCGUCACUCCUGGGGGCUUCUGAGUGUCUGCACAGUCCUUAGGUAUGCCCUGACCAAGCCGAGGGGGCCACAGCCCUGGGGCGAGCAAACUGGCCUGCUUCCCUCUGCUUUGCCCUCUGGGCCCAGUCUCGGGGGAAUAAAUAGAAGGCCUGGGACCUGCCCCAGGGGCUAGCCUGCUUCUUCAUCUUACAGAUAGGGAAACUGAGGCUCAGAGAGGCUUCAUUGCCUUGUCCAGCAUCAUGGUGGGUUCAGGGAUGGGUCCAACUCCUGGUCCUGUGAAAGGCCCAGACCCUUUGUGAAGUUCUCCAAGCAGAGGACUGAACGUGGGUUUACUUUUCUUAUAGUUGAUCAGAAAGAGUAUGGGGAGGUUCUCUACCUUCUGUUAAUAGACUUUCAUGGUAAAAAGAGAUGCUUUUAGAACCAGAAGAGACCUCACAGAGCAAGUCCAGACGUGCUGCAAGUCCCUGCCCCAACUCUGGGGCGCAUUUCAAGGACGCCCCCUGCUGGCCCAAGGAGGCACCCCUCCCGCCCCCCCCCCCACCUCUCCGCACCCCUGUAGCGAUGGGCCGCCCUGACAGGGCACCAGGGAAGAAGAGUCAGCGGCUUAGGGCCAAGGGAGAAGGGAGGCCUGGAGGACAUGAAGGACACACAGGGAACACGGGGCAGAGCUGGCACUUAAACCAAGUCCGUGUGUCUAGAGGGCAGUGAGGGGAGGGCCUCUGUCUCUGGCCAUGACCCCAUGGCACGGAGCCCCUCACUGGGAAGCUUGCCAUAUCCAGUCUGCUGUGACUGUGCCUGCAUGCCCUAUCCCACCCCCUGGAAAAGAUGGCCUGAUGGGGGGACCUCGGGGAGGGCUCCUGUCCAAGGGGGGGCAGUGACCCUCAAAGAUGGUUGGUAAUGGCCAGCCCUCAUUAAGCUCCCUUCUGGCGUGCUCCCACGAGAGGGAGAGUCUUGACACACAGCUGACCCCAGACACGUCUGCCUCCUUCAGACCUUCCUUUGCUCCUCAUGAAUCCUUAGAGGCUGCCCAACAGCUCUUCCUGCAUCACCCUCUGGCUUCAGCUCUGGCCAUGCUCUGAGCUACCCAGAGCUGAAGCAUGCUCCUUUUUUUCUUUCUUUCCCCAUAGAGUAAAACACACAUUCAGAAAAA